CAUAAUAUCACAUGAUGCGGAAGUAGCCGGUUGAGAAAUAUACAGAUAAAUAUUAUUGCAUCUCUUUAUAUUUCGGUUUUAACAUGCUUAAACCUAAAGCACUAACACAGAUUUUAAGCCAGGCGAACUCUGGAGGUGUUCAAAGUACUCUAUUAUUGAACAAUGAAGGGGCCCUCCUUGCUUACUCCGGGUAUGGUGACAAAGAUGCUGCAGUGACUGCUGCUAUAGCCAGCAACAUUUGGAACACCUACCAGAAAUCAGGGGCUGUGGCUUUCUCAGAUGAUAAACUGCAGUUUGUUCUGUUAGAUUGUCAGGAAGGAAAGGUGGCAAUAACUAAAGUUGCCAACCUGCUGUUAUGCUUAUGUUGCAAGGAAAAUGUGGGGUUUGGAAUGCUGAAAGCAAAGGCAAAGGCAUUGGCAACAUACCUUGAAGAUCCUCUCUCAAAGAUAGCAGCCUCUUGAUGGCAGUGCCUUAGACAAUGUUGGUUUUAACAUACAGUGUGUUCGUUGUGCUACACAGUGAUGUUAUUUUUAUGGUACAUGACUUACAUGUUUGUACAAAGGAUUGACGAGAUAAGACUUAUGUGAACACAGUUCAACACACCCAUAUUAUUCAUUUAAUUUCAAUUGAAGAAUUGCGGAACUUUGAGAAUAUUUUUUCAUUAUGCAGUUAAUUUCCUGAGCAUUUCCUGCAAGACAGUCAUACCAAUUUGUAUUAAGUCUUAAUACUGUCUCGCAUGCAAUCCUCAUAAAAUUGAUAUUAUUCAUCUGAAGAAUAAAAAAAGAGACUUUUUAUUUAAUUAUGCUAAUUAUUUCUAUUUUUUAUGUCUUUUCAACAAUUCUCAUUAAUUAAAAUUGAGUGAUAUAUUUAAAUGAAACUUUCUUCUUUUCCUUCAAAACUACUUUUUGGGGUCUUAAACAGUUUAAAUUGAACAUUUCGAUUUAGAUAACGGAUGAUGCUGUACCAAUGAACCUAAACAUUGCUUUUAUUUGGCCUUUAUUCUGUCUGAUACCUCAAAUAGUAAUGAGGUAUGGAAUUGCUGUUACAUUUUGUGAUAACUCGUUAAACUCUGUCUAGAGUUAGGUUUUAUCUGUGCCAAAUAAAUUUAAUUUCAAGUA